GGCGGUCAGCUGGGCAUGCGCAGUGCGCAGUACUCUCUCCGCCUUUAACUUCCUGAACGCGAAGCGAGGUCACGCCAAAUAAACAGUCCCGUUUGAUCACCGGACUCAGCUGCAGGCUGACACCUGACACCGAGGAGCUGGCUGUGAGAUAUUCUGUCCAUCAAGUUAGUCCACUCAGCAGUUUCCUGCCUGGUCCCAUCAUGUGUGAUCUCCGACAAGACAGCAACUGGCAGACGGAUCACCAGGAUGAUUUUUCCCUAAUUAACAGUCGCCUGGAUUCCUUCCGUGGCUCCAGCCUGGCCCAGCAGGUGUCAGCAGAAAGAUUGGCUCGGGCCGGCUUCUACUACACUGGCCAUGCCGAUCGUGUCCGCUGUUUCAGCUGCCAGAAGACGGUGGAAAACUGGUGCAGGGGAGACACACCUGUAGAGCGGCAUAAGGAGGUUUCCCCAUCAUGCAGGUUUCUCAGCUGCACCCACCGCACUCUUUUCAACUCAAUUCCUGACAACACACUGACUAACGGUUCCACCUACAAUGAAGAAGCAGAGGACAUGGAGUUUCGUUUGAGAACAGGAGAGGUGGUUGAUGAGACCACCUAUCCAAUGGCCCCUCACAUGAGUAGUGAAGAGGCCCGGCUCCAGACCUUCACUUCAUGGCCUUCUACUGCACCCGUGAGAUCACGAGACCUCGCCCAAGCCGGCCUCUACUACUUAGGGGAGAGUGAUCAGGUGCAGUGUUUUUGCUGUGGUGGCAUGCUGGCCGGCUGGGAGACGGGAGACACGGCCUGGGGAGAACACACCAAACAUUUCCCCUACUGCUUCUUCAUCCUCGGGCACGAUGUGGGCAACAUCCCAUUCCAGGGCGAUAUGGAGGAGGAGUCUGACAAUAGGCGGCAUGCAGAAACUCAUGUCGCUAUGGGAAGUUUUGAGGAGAGGCUUGGUAGCUUUGCAGGUGUCCAGCACCCUAUAGACCCUGAGAGGCUUGCCAGAGCUGGCUUCUACAGCACAGGGACAGGAGACAAGGCGUUGUGUUUCCACUGUGGUGGAGGUUUGAAAAGCUGGCAGCCUGAUGAAGACCCUUGGGAAGAACAUGCCAAGUACUACCCUGGAUGCAGCUUCCUGUUGGCAGAGAAAGGACAAGAAUUUGUCAACCACAUCCAGCUGCAAUACCCUCUCCGAAAUGGAGCUACUUCAAGUCAUCAGAAUGGAUUUUCAGGAGACAGGAAUGAGGUGCUGCGGUCCACCAUGGCUCAGAAGGCCAUAGAGUUGGGUCUGGAGCCCAGUGUGGUGGAAAGGACCAUCUUGGAGAAAAUCAGUAAGACAGGCUCCGGCUACUCCAGCCUGGAAGAACUCCUGGAGGAUGGUUUCAACAACACACCCCAAAGUGAUGCUGCUCAGGCAGAGAAUCAAGAUGAGGACCCACUCGAGAGUCUACGGAGGCUGCAGAGGGAGAGACAGUGCAAAAUAUGUAUGGACAGAGAUAUUGGUAUUGUCUUCAUUCCAUGUGGACAUCUGGUCAGCUGUAAGCAGUGCUCAGUGUCGCUCAUCAAGUGUCCAAUCUGCUGCGGAGCCAUAACACAGAAGAUCAAGACCUAUAACGCUUAAGGGACUCACAGACACCCGCCAAAUGUCAAUGCUGCUUUCUCACUAUCUUUAUAAUAUUAUAUUUUAAUAAUAAUAAAUGUAGAUAGCCUGUAAUAUGGAUAUGUAUAUGGUAUGUAUGUUUAUAUAUAAGGAUGCCAAUGAAAGAAUGAUGAACCAUCACAAGAAAACUAUUUUCACAAUCAUCAGUGGUAUAUAUAAUAUAUAUAAUAGCUCAUGUUGAUUUUCUUCAGUUUCUUGAGUACUGGAAUAUGUAAAUACACACUAAAGGACUAUUCCUAUUUUGCCACAGGUGCCUUUCUCUGUGUACCUUUGUACCGUUUUAAUGUUUUAUUUUGUAAAUUUACCACAGCUAACUGGGCAUGCAGAGGUAAUAUCAGUCACUUCCAUACACGUGUAACCCACGCAUCUAUCUUAACUGGUGUACUUAACUCUCAGUGUUUGCUGCUCUGUAUAGAAAUGUAUAAAGGUAGCUGAGUAAAUCCAUUAAGAAGUUUCUUUAUAGAGCAUAGAAUCGAUUUUUAGUUUAGGGCCUGUGACUAAUCGUGUGAUGUGAAACUAUUUUACCAUUCCAUCAUGCAAUCUGUUGUGUCUUCAAGAGUGAAUAAAUUUUAAGAAUUGGA